AUGAGCCCCGCCCGGCCCGCCACAGUGUUUACCCUCCAUACCAUCGCCGCCCUGCUGCUCUGCUUCCUGUUGGCGGAUCUGACCCACUCGGCGCCCGUCAGCUCGUCGCUGGAGCCACCGGUGGCGCUGCGAGAGGCGGCGGAGCGAGCAAAGACACUGGUGGAGAAGAUCGUGAGGGACAUCCCUGCCGUGCACGCCGCCGCCGUCACCACAGAGGGUUUGACCCUUGACUCCGCAGCCCAGAGCACCAACCUGCAGCUGAUGGUGACAUCACUGGGGAUCCCGGCGGCGCCCGUCCUCAAACCGCCAUCAGAACACUUCACUCUGGAUGUGUGUGUGCGCCGCAUGCUGGCGGGCGGCCGUCUGUACCAGGGGCUGCUGGGAGUUUUAUCAGAGCGUGUGAGCGGACUGAGCAACCUGCAGGCCGACCUCAGAGACCUGCUGACGCACGUUGCCAAGAUGAAGGAGGCAGCUCCGAGCGGCGGCGAGGAGGCGGAGCCGAGUCUGGACCUGGCCUCCCGUCUCCACGGCGACUACGAGGUGCAGGUGGCGGCCCACCUGACGCUUAUGCAGCUCAAGUCCUUCUGCCAUGACCUGAUCCGCAGCCUGAGGGCCGUCGCCGCCUACAGGCCCCGCCCCCCCACCAAGCGCUGA